CGUACUCUUAACGCUGUGGACGCUUUGGGUGAGUUGGGUUCCCGUACUGUUAACGCUGUGGACGCUUUAGUUCAGUUUGGUCCCCGUACUGUUAACGCUGUGGACGCUUUGGUUGAGUUGGGUUCCCGUACUGUUAACGCUGUGGACGCUGACAAAGAGAAACAUUUUCUGGUAUACAGCUGACGUGAACAGUCAAUGUUAUGAAGAAUAUAUAACAAAAACUACACAGAAGAACGUAUCUGGAACGGUAAUGGUUCAUUUUCUAUCCGACAACAUUCCAGAAAUCUGAUCGAAUCGAACAUCUUGACAUUGUGCAUUGAUUAGAGAUUCUUUUGUCGUUAUUAUUGGGUCUAUAGGCUGGAUUUCGAGUGUUCUUGUUUAGCAGGCAGAAAUCGACAUAUUGUAUUGUGAAACGUACUUGACACAACUUCAACCACGUUACGCCUCUAAAUCCGUGUGUUGGUUACAGUUGCUGUAUAACAGGGCGUCUAUGAGCCAUUCUAGUCAACAAAAACUUAAACAAUAGUCGGUACGUACAGUAGCAAACAGUAUACUGAAUUUAACAUGAACAAACGCUUUAUUGACAAACUCUGACGAGGACUGUUCCCACGUGGCACGCGUUUCGGCCAUUGUGUCGCUGGGAGUAUUGUCCAGUCUAUUUGUUUAGUGGUUACACAAGCGUGUGCUGAUACACAGUACCUAAGGGUAGACUUUUAACAUCUAUAGACAACAGCACUACUACAUAACGGGACGGGUAGCAUCAGAGUGUGAAGUAGAGGUUUACAUGUACCUAGACGUACAACUUAUAUACCCGAGGACCAUUGACUGGGUUACGUACAUAAAAUAUCUACGCCCGAUGACGCCACCUGAAGAUUAACGGGUUUAUAUGUUACUUGGAUUUCGGCACGUCCGAAGCCUGACUGUUGAGUGUUAGUGAGAGACGUAUACACUGAACGACAAACUCAGUUUUGUCGGUUUCGUUUUAGUGAGGAACCAUGUGUGGAUCGUAAUUUGGAUUAUUCGCUAAAAGGACCAGAAUGUGUUGAUUUAUAAAGAAACAUACCUAACGUGUGCGCGGCGUUGAAUACUGCCGAAAUGUUUGUUAUUGUGAAAUAUGGAGAUCACCAGAGCAGGAUGUUCAACGCUAACUGUAGGAACGAGGUGCUACUACAUCACAUUAAGCGUCGGUGUGAGUGUGUGGAUCGGGAAGAUGUGGUGGAGCUAUCGGACGAAAAGGGCGUGGUGAAGAACCUUCGGAACUUCCCGUGUGACUACGGCAGCGAGUACCUAAAGGAACGAGAGACUCUCAUACUCCUCAAAGUAGACAAUUUAUUGGAGGAUCAUGAGUGUGAUCGUAUGGUGUACGUCCCUCUCCUUACCGAGCUGGAACACAACAAAGAAUUCACAGAUGCCCUGAAUCCCAAGCAGGAGGUCCGACCGACAUCUUCCAUGGAUGAGGACGGGCGUAGUCACAAGAAGAGCAUCAAAGGAACGUCUGCUGCCUCGAAGGGUGGGAAAAAGGGAACAGAUUCGAAACGGACGUCCGCCAAAAGCCCAAGAAGAUAGGAGUCAUAUUCAAAUGUAAUGAUGAACAUGCAUAACCAUCCAUUUAUCUAAAAAUGGUGCAUCGUUACCUCAUUGAAGGAUACAUUCGUCACAAUCCGUCAUAUCCACACGAAAAAAGAUUCCUUUAAACAAUUUUCAAUGAUAAAAUGAGAAAAACGUUGGAAAGUUUUUAUAGCAAAUAUCGUUUUUUUUUUUAAUUGAUGUGACUCAUAAGAAGACUCCAGAGAAACACAUGAUAAGGGCUGUAUUGUGUUAAAGGACUUAUAAAACGUGUGACGUGGCGACCGCCAAUUUAGAGUGGACGUUGUUGUUGGUGGAACAGUUUAUAGAUUAACUCAUUACUACUAGUUGAUGUUAAAUGUUUUGUCAUUCUUUUUGAAACAUUAGUUAAACAUGAUUUUGACAAUAAACUAUAAAUAUGUA